AUGAAACAACAAGCAGAGCAGCUUAAAGUCAUUUACAAAAACGAAACUAAAAAGUUCAGAAAGCCAAAUGAGUACGACCUCUUGCACUCACAGACAGUCAAGGCAUUUGGUCUCACUCUUCCCAAGAAUUUCAAGUUCUUCUAUCAGGAUUCUGAAGGAGAUCUCAUUUCUAUCAGCUGUCAAGAAGACCUUGACGAAGCCUACGCCAGCAUGCAGACUCUCAGACUAUUCGUGGAGGCUUCAAUCGAGCACGCUCGCCAAUCAAUUGAACCAGAUUUCUCAAUGAGAUCUUCCCUUAACAUGCCACUAAUGAUGUCAUCCCAAGGCAUCAACAACUAGUAUGAUUCCAACACUCAGAGAAAUAGAGGAAUCAGCAACGACUUCGAAAGUGUACCCUACAACAACGAGUAUUCCAGAGUUUCAAGAGACAUGUUCUCCCAGUCAGUCGGUAUUGGCAAUGAGACCCACUCCUAAAAUGCAGCCACUGAUGUGCAAAACUUGGUUGCAUUUUAAACAAUUAGCAUUAACACCUAAUCAGUGAACACUGACGAAAAGUAACUUAAUGCUACAGUAGACACUAAAGACAUGGCUUCCCAAAUCCAAAAAGAUGUCAAGGAAGUUUGCUGCGAUGGCUCAAUUCAAACUGAGUCCAAGGCAAGCUAAUUCAAGAUGGAGGGCAUUGAACAAGAAAUUAACUGCCAAAUUAUUCGACCAGAUAGAUAAGAAGAAUCUAUGGAAAAUGAUGAAGCAAUUGUAUGCUUCAGAUGCGAUGGAACUAAGGUCAACAAGAGAGGCCUUCCAUGCAGAAGAUGCAAUGGCUCUGGAACACUUAACAGCAAGUUCUUCAACGACUUGGUUAAAGUCUUGAGAGAGGAAAUUCACUCUUACACCACUCAAACCUUCUAAAGAUUGAUGGUCGACUAUCUCGGCAAGAGAGCAGCUGACCAACAAGCUCAAGUGCAUCAAGGUAUUACCUGUGAUGGCUGUGAUACUCAGCCAGUUACUGGAAUCAGAUACAAGUGUAGCGUCUGCCCAGACUUUGACUUCUGUGAGAAGUGCGAAGCUGAGAAACCACACCCUCACCCAAUGCUCAAGAUCAGAAAAGCCGAACAAGCCCCAGCUUUCAUUUCAUGCUAGUACUAGUCUAUUGAUGUGAACAUGAAUCAAAGUCAAUAGCAAGAAAACUUGUCUUCUUCAAAUAAUAUUGCUUCUUCAUCUUAAUCAUCUCAAAAGCCAAAGAGAAAGACUGGUGAGAAAAAGAAGCUUUAUCAAGCUAGAUUCGUAAAGGAAAGCUUUGGUGAUAAGUACAAUGUCUCUCCAAAUUAGAAAUUCAGCAAGUCAUGGACUUUCAGAAACAAUGGAGAGACUGACUGGCCAGUUGAUACCCUCUUCAUCCAAACUAAUGGUGAUGAGCUCCAAUCAACUUCCCAAAUCGUUAACGGACCAAUCAAGCCAGGAAUGGAAAUUACCGUUUCUGUUGACCUCUAGGCACCAGAGUUACCAGGGAAAUACUGUGCUUUCUUCAGAUUUGUCUAUGGUGACAAUCAUAGAUUCGGCCAAAAGGUCUGGUGUGAUAUUAUGGUUGUCCCCGCUUAGGUUGAAAUGAUCAAGCCUUCUUCACCAGUAAGCAGGAUUUCAUAAAACAACUCAAAUGAGAGAAACGUUGAGGUUGAGGAGAAAUCUAGUUUACUCAGUGACAGUGAUAACAUGAUUAACGAGCAGCCAGUUCAAUUUGAAAACCUAGCUGAAAGAUACCAAGAAAUGUAAAACUAACUAGAAGAGGACAACGAGGCCUCAAAUGACAGAGAGCAACUCAAGAAAACAAUCAAGAACUUCAUGGAAGACUUCGAGGGUGUCCAAAACUUCGGUGAAAAGUCAGAAGAGGAAAAAGCUUCAGAGAGUAACAAAGUUUCUCAGGAUCUUAAUGUCUCAGAAGUCAUUGAGGAACAGGUUCCAGUUGAGGACAAGAAAGAAGAGGAAGUUAAACCUCUCGUCAAAUCUGAGUUGAGUCCAUAAGAAUAGGAAAAACUCUACUACAUGCAAGAACUUGAACAAGCUAAAGUUAAGGACGAGUCCUUGAAGCAAAACCUUCUUUACAUGCUUGAAGCUGGAUUCACCAACUUCAAUGUUAAUCACUCCCUUCUCACAAGAAACCAAAACGACUUAGCCAUUGCUAUGAAUCUUCUCUGCAACGGCAUUGUCUCAGACAGCAUGCUCCAGUGA